CCACCCCUGAAGCCAAAGCAGGAAGGAGGUGGGGCCUCGGUGGAGGCGGCCUAGGAGGUCUCAGAUCCCGAGGGGGGGGGCUUUCCUAAAGCAAAGCCGGUGAGAAGAAUGGAGCCCUGGCGCCACCGCCCAAGAGACCCAAUGGGGUGGAUAAGUCCUGAAACCUUCUUCUUCCACUUCCCAAGCCUGCGCUACGCUUUCGGGCGGAACUCCUGCUACCUCUGCUUCCAAGUGGAAAGAGAAGGGGAGGGGCACUCCUCCUAUGACUGGGGGGUCUUUCAAAACAAGGUCUAUUUCGAGGCUCCCUACCACGCAGAAUUCUGCUUCCUCUCUUGGUUCUGUGACCAGGAUCUGUCCCCUGACGAGCAUUACCAUGUCACCUGGUUCUUAUCCUGGAGCCCCUGCCCCACCUGUGCAGAGGAGGUGGUCAGAUUCCUGAGGGAAUACAGGAACGUGACGCUGAGCAUCUUCACCGCCCGCCUCUACUACUUCUGGCGCCCAGAUUUCCAGGACGGGCUUUACAGGCUAUGGUCUGCAGGGGUCCACCUGGACGUCAUGUCUUUUGAAGAUUAUGAAUACUGUUGGGACACCUUUGUGGACCACAAUGGGAUGCGCUUCCAGAGUCGGGAUCUAUUAAGAGAUAAUGAUUUCCUGGCCACAGAGCUUGAGAAUAUUCUUAGAACCACAAUGAAUCCACUACAACAAGAAAUAUUCUUCUAUCAGUUCGGCAACCAGCCCCGGGCCCCAAAGCCCUACCACCGGAGGAAGACCUACUUGUGCUACCAGCUGAAGCCACAUGACGGCUCCGUAACUGCCAAAGCCUGCCUUCAAAACAAGAAGAAGCGCCAUGCAGAAAUUCGCUUUAUUGACAGUAUCAUGGCACUAAAACUGGAAAAAGACCAGAGAUUUGAAAUCACCUGCUAUGUCACGUGGAGCCCCUGCCCCACCUGUGCGAAGGAACUGGUUGCAUUUGCCAGAAAACACAGCCACAUCAGCCUGCGGCUCUUUGCCUCCCGCCUGUAUUUCCACUGGCUCCAGGAGAAUAAGCAGGGGCUGAAGCAACUGCACGCAUCCGGGAUCCCAGUGGCUGUCAUGAGCUCCCUGGAGUUUGAGGACUGCUGGAGGGAGUUUGUGGACAACCAGGGCAAGCCUUUCCAGCCCUGGAACAAGCUGGAACAGUACAGUAAAAACAUAACCCGUCGGCUCCGGAAGAUCCUCAAGCAGCAGCCACAGAAUGAUUUAGAGAAUGAAUUCAGAAAUUUGCAUCUUUGAUGACCAUCAAUCGCCUACCCCCCACCCCCCCAUCCCCCCCACCCCUCCCUGUCCCUGGAGCAUCUCAAUGCUUCAUAAACUGCUGACUUUUAGGAGCAACUUGUGAGUUCCACAGGCACACCUGAGCCUCCCCCGAGUCCAGAAAACCUUCUUUGCCUCCUUCAUUCUUUUGUUCCUCUUUUUUUUUUUAAAUAAGUGGAUAUGUAUUUUUAUAACUGAAAAGAUAAAAAUAAUUUUUAGGUCUGUAAAACGUGGGUUAUUUUCUAAAAGGGAGAUCAGGACUUUCCCUCACAAAAAUAUGAGUAUAAAGGACUUUUUAUCCUACUGCACCAAGAAAAAAAUGUAUUUGAGAAUUCCCUCUAAAGUCUAGAACAGUUGGAUCAUUUUGUCAUCCCAAUAUUCUCUGUUCCUUCUGAGUAUCUACUGUGUGUCUAAAUAAAUAAGAUAAAACUGUUGA